CCCUCGAGAUGGCAUCCUUGUGAGUUUAGCGGAGGAAGGCUCGUUGUACACCCACAAAAGCCAGCCUUCCACCUCCGGUCUCUGCUUUCUCUUCGUCUCAGAUCUCUCUUCUUCGCUUCCUACGCAAACUUAGAAGAAGCCAAGGAAGAUAGCGAGGGAUGGGAAACGUAGAGACGACGCAAGCGUCGUCAUCUCGCCGUGAAGUCAGCUCGGAAAACCGCCCCGCCACCAUCGGUUGCAUGUCCGGCAUCUUCCGCCUGCUCUGCGUUCACCGUGACAGCUCCUCCCGCAAGCGUCUCACCUCCGGAAAGACGAAGGAGAAGCCUAGCGUCACAACUCCGUCAGGACCGACGGCACCUCCGCCCCCUCUAGUCGAAGAUGGUGAUAAGCAGACAGGGCCCUCGCGGUGCUCCUGCGAGACGCCGGGGAGCCCUAUGAUCCCGCAGGACAUUCGAGAACCGGGCGCGGAAGCGGUCGUCGCUGCGUCCCCCGAAACCCCCCGCCGCCGGCCGGCUCUGGUGGCCAGGCUGAUGGGACUCGAGGACCUGCCGGACAUCACGGUUUCUGUGACGCCGGAGGCGGCGGCGGACCAGCGGCGGGAGCUGCAGCGGGCUCUGGAGAAGUGCGACGAGGACCUCAGGGCCCUGAGGCGGAUCAUCGAGGCCGUCCGCUUGGCGGAGAUCCAGGCGAAGGCGGUCUCCUCCUCCGUCAGAUCGGCAGGGCCGAUCAAAUCGGACGGCCUGGAUGCAAGAAAGGAGUGCGAAGGCGAGCAGCCGAGUCCCGUCUCGGUCCUCGACGCGAUAUCGUCGCCUCGGUAUCGGUCAAAAAGAUCACCGAAUGAGAAGAAGGAAACAACAGCCGUCGGAUCCAGGAUCGUGAAGCCAUCACGUAUGGGUUUCCUCUUCGUGGGUGAGCAAAUCCAAAGACAAAGACGCCAACAGCCAAGACAUUACGUCCAUGGUCGAGCUACUGAUGCCGAAGAGAUCAACUGUGCAGGAGAGGGUUACAGACAAAAGGCACCGGACGCUGCCAAGUCGAUCGAAGCGAUGCCGUGGGUGAUCGAGCUAAAGGGGCGAGAGAUCGUAAGGAUGAUCGGAGGCGUUCGACGAAAGUGCUGGAGGAGGAGGUGGAGGAGGGCUAGCCGGGAGAUGGCAGAGUCCGUAGAAGAGGUGUGGGCGGACGCAGCGUGGGAGGAGGAGACUUGGGAGGUGGCGAGGGUAGGGGUGUGGAUGGAGAGUGUAAUAUGGAGGGACUUGGUGGAGGAGCUGGUGGUGGAGUUCUUGGGGUGGUGUUGCAGGUUGUCGCUUCCAUUUGGGACUUGUAGGAAGAUAUUAUCUUUUUAA